AUGUCGUCUCAAGAAGGAAGACCACCUUACCCACCGUUCACGGCUGAAACAGCACAGAAGAAGGUAAAGGUGGCCCAAGAUGCAUGGAAUACCAGAAAUCCCGAUGGCCGCAACCGUGACCAGUUUCUGCAGGGUAGAGACGCCAUCAAGGAGUUUUUAACCAAAAAAUGGGAGAGAGAAAACGGCUAUCGGCUGCGCAAGGAACUUUUUGCUUUUACAGAUAACAAGAUUGCGGUGCAGUUUUGGUACGAGUGGUAUGAUGAGGCGGGCCAGUGGUGGCGGACGUACGGUCUUGAAGACUGGACCUUUGCGGACAAUGGAUUGAUGAGAAAGCGACAGAUGAGUGGCAAUGACGUUAAGAUUUCUAAUGAUGAGCGGUGGUUUAAGGACGGCGUUGAUGUAAAUGAGGUUGACAUCUCUGAAAAACAUUGGUAG